AUGUCCUCUUCAAGUCAGCUCGUCGCGAAGCCCAAGCGUCGCAAUGCCACUCUCUCCUGCGCAGAGUGCAGAAGGCUCAAGCUGAGAUGUUCCCGUGUCUUCCCCUGCGCGAGUUGCGUCAAGAAAGGCUGUGCCGCGAUCUGCCCUGACGGCUCUUUGACCACGGGUAAAGGCAAUCGUUUCGUCCUAGCCAACACCGAAGUCCUCCAUGAUAAAAUCACUAGUCUUGCAAACCGAGUCCGCACUCUUGAAGACGCCCUGUACGAUGCCAAUUCCCACCUCUCGACCGAACCCCACCCUCUGCUCAGUGAUGAGCUCCGCGCGCUCAAACGCCCGCUGGAGAGAGAGUCGCAAGAAGAGCAGGAGCAGGAGCCGGAACCAGAAGUUGUCGAAUCCAUAAAUGUCGGCUCCCUAUCGAUUACCGAGUCCGGUCACACGAAGUUCUAUGGGGGCAUGGCUAACGCCUGGUAUUUACUGCAGAAUGAAGCAGGCAGCGAGGAGGAGGACGAUAGCCCCCAGAUGCAACUACCGACAGAGAUCCCGUGGCUCAGCCAUUCAUUCCCCUUCUACGCGGCCGUGAGCGAAACAGCUCCCGGCAUCCGUACCUCUGUCCUGGGGGCCCUUCCCGACCACGCGAGAGCCCGCGAGCUUGUCAACCUCUAUUACAAACAUGCUGCGUGGAUGUACCACCCGAUCCGUGAGGCCGAGUUCGAGGAGGUCGUCUUCGCGCCCCUAUACGAUCAGCGCAUGGACGGCGACUGCUCUCCAAUGGCCUCCCAUCGCAUCGCCGUCUUGUGUUUCGUCCUCGCGCUCGGCGCACUCCUGGACCUCGACAAGCCCCCACUCUCGGCCGAGGCUGCCCGCUACUUUCAGCUAGGUCGCGCCGCUCUCAGCAUCGACUCCAUCCUGGAGUCGCAGUCCAUCCCGGCCAUCCAAGCUCUGAUACUCAUGUGCCAAUACAUGUUCUAUUCUUUUGUCGAUGGCCCUCGCUGGGCUCUCAUGGGCGUCGCGGUCAAAUUAGCCCAGAGCGUGAAUCGCGAUAGCGGGCGGUGGAAUCUAGAUCCGAAAGAAACUAAUAGACGGCGCUCGCUUUUCUACGAGCUUUAUACGUAUGAUUCAUGGCAGAGUUUAACUUAUGGUCGACCCCCCUCCUUUGCCAACUCGUUUAUUGAUUGCCAAAUGCCCGACGAGAUUACCAAAAAUGACGGAGGAGAGGUAGAAAUGACCUUUGACGCGUGGAAACACCGAUAUUCAUUCAAGUGCUUGAGCGUGGUGCACGAGCAGUGCUUUGGUGCAAAAGUCCCCCGCUAUCACGGCGUCACCGAACUCGACAAGAAGGUCCGCGACUUUUACGUCCCGCCUUCUCUCCGCGUACCGGGUUUCGGAGGCGCGUCCCAUGAGGGCCCACAUAUGCAACCGUCUGUGCAGCUCACCAUGCAACGUUGCUGUGCAUUCUGUAUUCGAGAGAUCUCGGUGUUCUACAUGCAUCGGGGCUUCUUCGCGAAGGCGUUGGAAGAUAGCCCGGGCGACCCGCUCGGCAGCAAGUACGCGCCCUCAGUCCUUGCCGCUUACAACAGCGCGUGUUCGUUUGUCGGCCUAGUCCAUACCCUCUAUGCUCAGCAUCCGGCUUUGACGGAGCGCAUGUGGUUUUUCUUCACUCACGUCUUCUCAUGCGCUAUUGUCCUCGGAUCUAUCGCCACCAAAUGUCCCUCUAUGGCCCUUGCGCCGUCUGCUCUCUCUAACCUUGACGCUGCCCUCAACUUGUUCAACAAUGUCUCGUCCAACCCAGGGGCUGCCAAAGUUUUGCCUGUACUACGGAAGCUCAAGGCUCGCGCGGUUGCCGCAAAACAGUCGAUAGGGACAGCGCCGUCUCAAAUGAGCCCGCAUAGCGUCUCAUCGAGCGACAGCGUCAUCAAAGAGGAAGAUGACGAGCUAGCCGCGCUCGGUGGGAAGACCCGGCUUGUCUCGAGGAAGUCUCCGGGGCCCGUCCCGUCGACGCCCUCCCCUCAAGGGUCCUCGCAGCAGUCGAUGAGCCCCGUGGAGCACAACCCACAGCUCUACAACAUGUCCCCCGAGAUGGAAGUGCAGCCGAUGUUGCCGGCGGCCGACGCCUCAUCGCCCGUGAGCGUCGAGAGCGGUGGCAGGCACGCGCAGUGGAACGGUGGCUACGCGCAGGCCUCGGAGGUGUACGGCUACCCGUACCCGCCGCACGACCUCAACCAGUGGUCCCAGCAGCCGCAGCACCACCCUCAGGCGCACAUGGAACCCCAACACGUACACCAGCCGCCGCCGCAUCCACACGCGCACUCUCACUCGCAUCAGCACAUGCACGGACAGAUGAACUCCCACCCUUUGACCGUCGACAUGGGCUACGGUGUAUACCAGCAGAUGGGGCACGGAGGGCAGAUGAACGGGCACCCGCAACACCCGCAGUACGUACCACAUUCGCCGGUGCAGCAUAUGGGCGGACAGCAGAUGCACCACCCGUCCGACCCCACGACAUCGUGGCACUAUUUACUCGCUCAGUUCAAUCAGGAUUAG